GAUGACCCGCAACACUGCAAUGACAACAUUUGUACGCUUCUGACAGAGAUGCUCUUUCCAGUCUUCUUCAUGCUGGGCAUCUGCCUGGUGCCUGCACACUUGACACCCACCGAACAUCUUGGUAGCUCUUUCCUUCAACAAUGCUUUGAGGAAGCCAAGAAGAUUGUUGAUGAUGCCUACACAUAUUCCAGAGCAGAGAGUCUAAGGCGAGUGCGCAAGGAUGUGGUGAGUCCUCACGACGCUCUGCGUCUUCUGAAGCAGCCUCGUGGGGAAACUCGCACGGCUGUGAGGGCCGCAGACUACAUGGCGCAGACUUUGCACUUGGUGCAGCAGAGGGUGCACCGCAUCCACAAACGCUCCCUCAACGCAACAGAUUUGCUUUCUGGCGAGGAUCUGGAAAAACUCGCCAUGCUGACGGGAUGCGCGACUCAAGUCAGGCCUCCGCCUUGUAGCUCGACGCAAAACCUCGACAAGUAUCGCACGAUUACAGGCGUCUGCAACAACCGAAUGAAGCCCCGCCUUGGAGCCUCCAACACUCCUUUCACCCGCUGGCUUCCCGCCGAGUACGACGACGGCAUCUCGGAACCUAGAGGGUGGCAGCCCAACCGAACGUUCAACAACUUCAUUCUUCCCCUGGUCCGCCAGGUGUCUAAUAAUAUCCUGAGCACCACGGAUGCGGGCGUGGUCAACGAUACGGAGUUCUCUCUCAUGGUGACCUUUUUCGGCCAGUGGAACGACCACGACCUCACCUUUACUCCCUUCUCGCCAAGCAUCCGCUCCUUCAGCAACGGGAUAAACUGCGACGAGAGCUGCGAACGCACCGAGCCCUGCAUCCCCAUCGAGAUUCCUCCCGGCGACCCACGCUUGCCCACCGGUCCUGAUAGCUGCAUCCCCUCGUUCAGAUCGGCCCCCGCAUGCGGCACGGGAUUCUCGGCCUACAACUUUGGAGGAGAGCCGGUCAAGCGCGAGCAAAUCAACGCGCUGACCGCCUUCCUGGAUCUGAGCCAGGUUUACGGCUCCGAGCCUAAGCUCGCCCUCAGUCUCCGAGAUCUCAACAGCGACGGACUUAUGCGAGUCAAUGACCGGUUUACCGACAACGGACGGGAGCUGCUGCCCUUUCACCCUCUGCAGGUCAACAUGUGCGCUACCCGCAAACGUGUGACCAAUGACCCCAAUGCCACAGAGGUUCCCUGCUUUAUUGGAGGUGACACCCGCGUAGAUGAGAAUAUCGCUCUGACCUCCAUGCACACCAUGUUCUUGCGUGAACACAACCGUCUAGCCCGUGCUCUGAAGAGACUCAACCCCCAAUGGGACAGUGAGACGAUCUACCAAGAAACGCGCAAGAUCAUGGGCGCUUACGCAGAGGUGUUUAUAAUCCGUGACUAUCUGCCGCACAUCGUGGGUGACGAUGCCAUGCGCAGGCUGCUUGGACGUUAUCCCGGCUACAACUCAAACGUGGACCCCAGGAUCUCCAACGUCUUUGCCACGGCGGCAUACCGCUUUGCUCACUUGGCCAUCCAGCCUGUCUUAGGCCGCCUGGGCCCCGACUACACUCAAGAUCGUCAGUUUCCCAGCGUUCCCUUAUUCAAAGCCUUCUUCACCCCCUGGAGAAUCAUAUUUGAGGGUGGCAUCGACUCACUGGUGCGUGGUCUCGUGGGCGGUCCUGCUAAACUGAACACUCAGGACCACAUGAUGGUGGAUGCUAUCAGGGAGAGGCUCUUCCAGUUCGUGCAACACCUGGCUCUGGACCUGGGUUCGCUCAACAUGCAGAGGUCGCGUGACCACGGCAUACCCGGCUACAACGCAUGGCGCAAAUUCUGUAACCUGUCCGAGCCCAGGAACCAGGCCGAGCUUGCUCGGGUCCUGAAUAACACCGACCUGGCCCGCAGACUGCUGCGACUCUACGGGACGCCCGCCAACAUUGACGUCUGGCUGGGGGGCGUGGCUGAGCCCUUUGUCCGCGGCGGCCGCGUUGGGCCUCUCUUUGCCUGCAUCAUCGCCACCCAGUUCCAGAGGAUCCGCCAGGGUGACAGGCUGUGGUACGAGAACCCUGGCGUCUUCUCGGCGAGGCAGAGAGCCGCCCUUUCCACCGCCACCAUGUCCAGGCUCAUCUGCGACAACACCGGCAUCACGAGCGUUCCGAGAGAUGUAUUCAGUGUUAUCUCGAGACGUAACCGACUUGUACGCUGCAACAACGUGCGACGACUGAACCUGGCGCCGUGGAGAGAGAGGAGGUGUACAGAUUUCUUGGAGAAUGGUUCCUGUCCUGAUCUCCCACCCGAUCCUGAAUUUGAAGAGGAACACAUUUUAAAUGAGUUCUCCGGGGAUGAGAUGGAUAACGAGCUUCCAGUCUGAAGCUGAAAGAGCCCAGCCACUUGGCAUCAUCAUAACCCAGCGCCCGUUUGCCCUCAUCGUCCACUUGUGUCAAUUCAGUCCAACCUCCACAUGAAUUUAUCUCCAAAGAGCAAAACCAACACCAGCAUAUUUCUCCUCAUGCCAGCGCAGAGUCAACCUUUAUGUGCAUCACUUUCUUCUGGCCGACUAACACCCGCACUUUUUUGUUGUCCUCCCUCAUACGUGCACGCGGGUUGCUGACAAUGACAAAAAAAAAAAAAAAAUCUUCUUUCUGUUACAACAUGCGAUUUGUCUUAUUUUUGGUUUGUGCAGUGAUUUUAUUUUUUUUUUAUGUAGAAAGCAUAGGCACGCGCAAAGGCUAUUUUUUACUGAAUCCUUCUCAUCUGUUUCUGUUCUGCACUUAAUAAAAACUGUAAAAAAAA